UCACCUUCACAUCCGUGGCAUGUCCUCUCUGACCGCUCCAGAAGUUUUCUGUGACUUUUCUCUUUCGCCAAACGAUAAUUCCACCACUCCCACUCCCUUGGUCAGUUAAAAGUUUGUCUCAGAUCCUCGUUUAAGUGCCUUUGAAAAUGCUGCCAGUUUGGUUCAUGCAUAGAAUAUGUUUGAGAGACGCGCCGGCUCGGAAUUUAAUGAUGGUCGGAUUUUUCUUAGUUGGGUUUUCUUGAUUUAGUGUUAUGCAUCUUUUGAUGAAAAUGAGAACCCGUCAUAAUCAAACUAGAGCUUUUCUUACUCUUUUCUCACUUUUCCCUCCAAAACCACCACCUCAAAGUCUCAAACUUGGCCCUUGUUUAUUGCCUUAUGAAUACCUUCAAAUAUUCACAUUUCAAAACCGUUGGGCUCUGUAACUCCGCCAUUAGAGAAGCUGUCAAUCAUGGCCAUUCCCAUAAAGCCCUCCUUCUCUUUCGACAAAUGAAACAAAAUGGUCUCCAACCCGACAACUUCACCUUUCCCUUCGUCGCCAAAGCGUGUUCCAAGCUUUCCAAUCUCAGAUUCUCCCAAAUUAUUCACACCCAUGUCGUCAAAUCCCCGGUUUGUUCUGAUGUGUUUGUGCAAACGGCCGUGGUUGAUAUGUACUUGAAGUGCGAUCGCUUAAGCGAUGCGCACGGCGUGUUUGAGAAAAUGCCCGCAAGAGAUGUGGCUGCUUGGAAUUCGAUGAUAGUGGGAUUGGCUCAGUUGGGUUUUACCAAUAGAGUUUUCUGUCUAUUUCACCGAAUGAGGCUUGCAGGGAUUCAGCUGGAUUCGAUCACGAUCAUGGGGCUGACUCAAGCGAUAACUUCACACUCGAAGAAUGUAGAAUUGUUGAAAGCAAUUCAUUCACUCGGAAUUCGAAUUGGAUUAGAAGCUGAUAUUUCCGUAGCGAACACUUGGAUCAGUGCCUAUGCGAAAUGCAGCGAUUUGGAUUCAGCCAAGGUUGUCUUUGAUGGGAUUGACUUGGAUGUGAGGACUGUUGUCUCCUGGAAUUCAAUGAUAGCAGCAUACUCAAACUUUGAGAAAUCUAUUGAUGCACUAAAUUGCUAUAAGAGGAUGCUGGUUGACGGAUAUAGACCCGAUUCAAGCACUAUUUUAGGCUUAUUGUCGUCAUGUGCACAACCGAAGGCACUGCUUCAGGGCGCUUCGGUUCAUUGUCAUGGGAUUCAACUUGGCUGUGAUUCUGACAUUGCAGUGGCUAACACUCUGAUAUCUAUGUACUCCAGGUGUGGCGAUAUUUUUGCCGCAAGGCUUUUAUUUGAUUGUGUGUCUUGUAGAACUUGUGUGACGUGGAAUGUUAUGAUUAGCGGCUAUGCUGAUAAAGGGGAUUUAGAUGAGGCAUUGGAGUUGUUUGAUGCUAUGGAAACCGCAGGUGAGAAGCCUGAUUUGGUUACUAUGCUUUCUGUUAUCUCGGGAUGUAGCCAAACAGGAUCACUAGAGGUUGGUAAGUGGAUUAAUGGCUAUGCCUUUUCAAAUGGAUUAAGAGACAACACCAUAAUUUGUAAUGCAUUAAUUGACAUGUAUGCAAAAUGUGGAAGUAUGAACGAUGCUCGCAAACUCUUCUAUGCCUUGCCAGAAAAAACUGUUGUCUCAUGGACAACAAUAAUUUCAGGGUGUGCUUUAAAUGGAGAAGUAAAAGAAGCAUUGAAUCUUUUCAACAGGAUGCUCGAGUCGGGAUUGAAACCAAACCACGUCACGUUUCUUGCCGUUCUUCAAGCUUGCGCUCACGCAGGUCUCCUUGAGAAAGGAUUGGAGUGCUUUGAUGUGAUGACAAAAGUGUUCCGUAUUAAUCCUUGCUUAGACCAUUAUUCCUGCGUUGUGGAUCUUCUCGGGCGCAAGGGAAAGAUAAGAGAAGCAUUCGAGCUACUUGAAAAUAUGCCUUUGAAACCUGAUGCUGGCGUAUGGAGUUCAUUGCUUAGUGCUUGCAAGAUUCACCAAAACAUAGAAAUCGCCGAGUAUGUGUCUUGUCAUCUCUUUGAGCUGGAUCCCUUGGCUGCAGUUCCAUACGUUGAGAUGGCAAACAUAUACGCUUCAGAUGGAAAGUGGGACGGAGUUGCAGCAAUAAGAAAAAUGAUGAAAUGUAACAGUGUGAAGAAAUCUGCAGGUAAAAGCAUUGUCCAAGUUAAUGGGAAGCGUCAUGUUUUUGCAGUUGAAGAUAGGGGUCAUUCUGAAAGUUUGUGUAUAUAUGAAAUGUUGGAUAGUUUGAUGUUGCUGCUGAAAGAAGGAGACUUAUCAGAAUCAGAGUUAACUCUGGAACAUGAAUUAGCAUGAAGCUGUUGCAAGAUUA